AUGUCAAAAACAAAGAUAUUUUUUGUCAGUGUAGUAGUUAUCUAUGCUGAGAUAGUGGCGAGUUGUGGAGGCAAAGGUUAGUUAUCCUCAAAAAAACCCUAUUACGUGAAUUUUAAACGUUGAAAUGUUCGCAAUUUCUUUGCUGCAAAUUAUUGCAAGAGGGCAACGCCACAUAAUGUUACUGCCUAGCGUCUUGCAGAUGGAUGUUUCAAGACUCAGAAAUUUCAAGUUUCCUGCAUGGUCUGAUAAACGGUUACAAAUAGAAAGAAAAUGUUUACUAGGUGGCAUUUAGUAGCGACGUACAUUAGUUUAUCAACAGCCGCAUAGAAGAGGCUAAAGCAUGAACCACUUUUUCUAUGACAUGUUAGUAGUUUGACAAAAUUUAACUUUUAGUCGUAAAAAAAAGUUAACCGUUGAAAUUUCUUUUCAACAGUAACGGAAAGAAUUUAACCGUUAGCCGCAAAAUGGCUAGAAUAUUAACCGUUCGCCGUUAAAGCCAUUAAUCCAUCGAGACAAUAUAUAAUAUACAAUAUGCAUCAUAAGUAAUAAUUUAAAUCUUAAUGUUCACACGAAGGGGCUUCUUCUCUGCCAUGCCAAUAAUUUUUUAACCACUUUCUGAGAAUAACAGAAACAACCGAAUCACGAUUCCGAAUUACAUUCACAGCAUGAUAAAUUACAUGAGCUCACGUAUUGUAAAAUACCGUUUUAAUCUCACACCAAAUUACAAAUGUUUCAUUAGAACAAGGAAUGGGAAAUAUAUGGAAACUUUCAAGAUGUUGAUUUACUGGAGAAAAUUUCAGAGGAAAAUAAAUUGUCCUAAUUUUCUCUAUUCUGAAGUUUGAAAUAUCGAUACAAGAAACAGGAUGUUAACAAGGAAAAAACACGAAACUGGAAAAUAUGAUAUCUUUUCUAUUUAUUUUUCAAUCCUGAAAAUCUUUAUAAAUUGGACUAGUUUCAUUUUUUACAUUCAAAAUAUAUCUGUCGCUUUUCUUUCGAUGGCUUCAGGCGUUUGCUCCGAAUAAGUGAUUCAGCGAGGAAUUUGAUAUCAUGAUCUAUGCCAGAAAUGGAUCAAAAGUUAUUUCAGUUUGUAAUACAAGAGGUUACACAUUUCAAUUGUAAAUUGGUACUUUCGCGUACAUCUGAGGAAUUGCGCUGUUUUUUUCACACCCUACUUAGAACCAACGCAACUGAAGUAACUUCUUAUUCCGGAAAUGAAAAAGGUUAUUAAAUGUAUUUGCAAUCGUAUAUGGUAACUUUUUAUCGUUUGUUUUUAGGUUUUACCGUUAACAAAUUUCAUAAUGUUUAAAAAGCCGUGAUGAUAGUGGCACCCUUUUUUAUCACAGUUGUUUGUUCCUAUUCCUCUUUCACUGGGGAUUAAUUAUAUUUUAUCCAAUAUUUGUAGAAACUAUUACAUGAAAAUUAAACGUUUGUUGUUAUUAUAUACAGUCCUAAACAAACAAUCAGAUGUUAGCUAGGAAAGGAAAGAUAAUAGGUAGAAAGAUACAAUGAAGUUUGUCGCUUAUAUUGAAAAGGUUUGUUUAUUGAUUCAUCGAUGCAAAAAAAAUUUCCUUUUUCCCACGAGAAAACGCUUGGGAAUAGUUAUUUUAAGAAAUGAAUUUCGAAUGGUUUACGUAGGUUAUAGCGAACUAAAAAAUUAAAAACUUUCUUUACUAAGUCGGAUUUGUGCAGCUGAAAGUUUAUGCCAUACGCAGCGGAUUCUUAUUCAACUCCGGUAAACGCUCUCUCGCAUUCAAAUUGAGAUCUUAGCUAUUUGAAUAUUAUUAUAAAUAUUAUCAGCUAAUCUUCGUCGCCAUGGUUUUAAUCUCGCACUUGCCUUUGGUUAUCGAGUGAAUCGACUGUAAUUCUAUAAGAACUCUGCCUUCCUCUACGAAACUGCUUUUACACAGAAGUUUGUAAAUCUCAUAAUUUCGUUAAGAGCAAACAUUCCAUAUCUAAUUUAUUGUCUCAGUCUUCAUUAGUAUUUGUAUUUGUUUUAUAAACUGAGUUAUACAAACAACACUGCCAUUUUGCUGAAUUCCCUGUAAAUCUAAUUAUUUUCGGGGUUACACGAAUCACAUUUAACGCAUUUCUAAAUCGAAAAACCUCUAUUUGUAAACUCCGUAAAUGCUUAUGUUUAAGCAAAGUAAGAAAACCGUGAAUUUAAAGAACUUUGUAAAUAAGAUUGUUUUGAGAUUCCGUAUGUCCCUGACCUGAGGUGAUGAGGUUAUUAUCCAGACUAAAUGAUAUUAGGUGAAGCAAUUUCCGUUUCUUUGUACUAAAUGCCGUGGUGAAAACGUAAACGGACAAUGCCUGAAAAGCUCAUAACUUUUAAUUUACAAAAUAACAUGAGCUUCAUUAAUACACGCAAAUUAAUAAUUAUUUUAGUUUAUCUAACAUGUUGAAGGCUGUUUCAUUUCGAAUCUUUUAAAUUAAAAUCUUAAAUAUAAACUGUCGAAUGAGUACCCUAGCAUAACAUGUGUUUUUUUACUUAAGAAUUUAUUAGUAAUAAUUUUUCUUUCUUAUACUUUAGGAAAUAAAUGGGAUCGUUUGCUGGGUGAGUAUCGAAUGCAAAUGAUUCAGUCAAUGUCUUUAUAACGAUUAGGUUGAAGGGAAAAGGAAAGAAAGAUGUCACUUUUACAGACAGCUUCUAAAAAUCGUUUCAAUAUUUAUUUCCUAGCCUAAGAACAUCUAUGCUUUACUAAGGCGGCAAUAAAAUCGCAUACUCGUCGCUUACAGUUCCUCGCCCUAGUCAUGAUCUAAACUUGUGCAACGAAAUACGACCCCUAAAACUUAUUCUGCAGACUCUGAAUGAUGCUUUCGAAAUUUCAAGAGGGCCGUAGCCUGCUGAUGUUGUUUUUUUUUCUGUUGUUGUUGUUGUUGUUGCUUUUUCUCUUACCGUUGAAAUUUCUUGAUCUAAGGUUUAGAGUAAUUUGAGAAAAAGGGAAAAUGCGUAACAUGGAGAGUUUGUAACCCAUUAACGUAAGGGUUUAAUCUCGGUGACGCGAGAAAAGAAUCUACUGAAACGUCGCUUUUAGACUUGCUUUUACAGCCUCACACUUUUCGUGUAUCGUUUGACAAUGAGUGAUUGCUCACUCUUUUAUUUACCUACGUGAUAUGUUCUUUGUCACUAUUUUUUUUCUUCGUUUCUGCCCAGUGAAUUUCCCGAAUCGAACGCCACUUCCGCGGACGGAAGAUCAAGCUUUAAAAGAGGGAUGGAGAAACGACGCCUCGUGUGGUAUUACAAGACAUUUAGUUUGUUGAAUAGAUCGUACCUAGACACCGCACACAUUCUUAGCAUUGUAGAUGUCUUCUUCUGACAAAAGUUUUUACUUUUAACUGAUAGUGAUCUGGCCAAAGACAAAACAAUUUUUUUAAGCUCCUCUUCUUUCUUUUCGUGGAACGCGGUCUCAACAGUUUUUCAUUCGUUGCAGACUCUCAAAAUCCAUUUUAUGGAAACAGAUAUGCUCUGGGCGAUGAUAUUUCCACGAGAUUGUUAUUUGAUUCUGAAGGAAACCUCGCUGGAAUACAAGGGACGGUGAGAUUGCGAUAGAUGCUUUAGCUCUUUGCGUGCAUUGGACUACAGGCAGUUCCUCCUCUUCGGCAUAGUCCGUUAAGCAAGUUAAAGAAAAUCGGCGAAAUGAUAAAAAAGAAGAAGAAAAGACUGAUGUGAACGCGCCGCACGGAGCUCUGGGAGAACUCUUUUUGUUUGUCUCACUCCCAGAGUUCCGCGUGGGGCGCUAACAUCAGUUUUGUUUUGUAUGUUCUUUUUUCUUUUUCUGAUUGGCGCGACGGUCAUCGGAUGAAAGGAAGGAUUGCCUGUAGUCUAAGUGCGCACUAACACAGCCAAAUUACUGGAAAACCCACAGUUUAGUUGUAAAAACCACCUUUCGUAGUUGAGGUAUUACUCAAAGUACUUGUAAAGACGGGAAUUGUUAAAAUAUAUGCUUUUGGAGUUAGGCAGUCUUCAAUUCAAUUUACUUAAGGCUAGUUUAUCAACUUGGACCAUUGGACCACCGUCUAAUAAAUUAAUUACAAUAUGUGUUCCUCCCUACCCCUAAAAGGUUACAGAAUCAGAUGACCUUAUCCUCUCACCCACCCGACCCCGACCGUCGGCUUUUGUCAAGGACGAUCAUGGCCACUACCUUUUGACGGCGUACUUCACUAAAAAGCCUCAACACAUCUGUAAGAAGAAGCCUCAACGUAAAGGCGAGGACACUCUUGUCAUCCAGACUAGUGACGUCAGAUUGUGUGGCAAACCGAGGUUUAUGGAAAUUCCUCUUGAGGAAAAGAAGCUGGACAGCAAAUGGGUGCAGGGACAAUGCUUUAGAAACAUGGGUCAGAACAGUCAAAUUCGUUUUUAAAUCGUCAAUACUAUUUGUCUUAUUCUUUACGAUGCUUUUUCUUCAACUUUUAGCUGAGUUUAUGAAAGCAUGAGCUCGAAUGAACAUGCGUUUUUUUUUCUUUUGUAUUUUUCUGUUUCAGCUGAGGGGAGGCAAACACGAAAGGGAUAGACACGCACUAGCUUUUAAAUUUGCCGAGUUGAAAACCUUUUUAUUAAGACGUGUUAUAUUUCUAUACUGUUUUCACUUACUCCAGCACCUUUUAACCCCAAAUCGGUAUGCCAGUUUAUGAUAUGAGAGAAAGUCGAUUCCCCAUACAUAUACAUAUAUAUAUAUAUAUAUAUAUAUAUAUAUAUAGAUUUACAAUUAAAAACUUUUAAUACAAAAUCUCUGCUUUUCCAGGAGUCCACUACUGGUACGAUAUUUCCGAAAACAUGCACUGUGACCAGUCCUACCCAGUGUUUCUGUUGUACGAUCCGGUGACUCGCCGGCUCAAGUCUUUUGGAUGGGCGGCAUUAGCUAACCUCACGAGUCCUAUGUGGGAGCACCCUCCAAUCCCGUUUCUAUCGGUAAGGAUGAGGCUGUUUCAUCAAAAAAUUUCUGGUGCUUUUCAUUCGACAAGACCCCCUGGGAAAAAGGAUGGAGGAAGUUGGGUCGGGAAGCAUUCAAAGAAAGUGUGGGGUGUGCCGCCGGCUCUUAAAACCGUGAACCUAUUUCAGGGAAAAUCCCUUCGCUACUCUUAAGAUAAGGAUUUUUAUGAAUUGUGGUAUAUCAAUAACAUGGAUGCAUGCUUGUGAUAGAGAAAUUUUAAGAUUAGACUUAGAACAAAUUACCAGAAGCAGAAAUAUAUAUAACGCAUCAACCCAAUUUACAAUUCGUUUAAGGCUUCUGAUCCAGAACGACAGCUUAUUCAAAAGGCCAAACAGUCAGAGUCUGUACUAUGCUUGAGAAUCAUGACCCCGAACGCCACACCCUUUUGGUUGGUGCAUGCAUUUGUUUGGCCGAAAUAAAGAGUACCCCACCCACCGGGUCUGACUGACCAUUCGCAUGAAGAAUACUGUUUUUAAUUGGAUCUGAGCGACCACAGGAGUCACUUAUUAAGUUAAAUCCGCUACUUUUGAUUUUCAGCUCUUCUUCAAACCUCCGGUGCCCAAAUGUUUCCUGAGCAGAAAAGUAAUUUCAACUCAGCAUAUUUAUCUCACCGAUCCGAAUCAGUUAAUUUGCAGAAAGUAAAAGAGUAAUCAUUUAAUCACUUGAUGGUGGAGCACUUGACAAGUGCCUGAGUGCACGGGCUGCGCACGUGAUUGCAUUUACCCGAUGGUCAUUUCCGUUAUGUGAAUAAAGAAGAAUAAGCUGAUAAAGUAGCAGUUCUGUUGUUUUAGUUUGCUAUUCUAGACAUAGAUGCCAUUGGACAAUUAUCUAACAAG